UCCUCAACAAUCAAGAGAUGGAGUUGUUUUCCCUCCAAACCAAGCAUUUGGCAUCCUUCCUCCUCUACCUCUCCAUCUCUUCUCUCCUCCUAUCCUCACUCUCAUUUGCCACCAUCCCCUCAGGCACCAUCGAAAGAACCACAAAGCAGCAAAUCCUCGCAUCCAUCCCCCCGCACUCCGCCGAGAACACCCAGCCUUUCCUUACCUCCCCUUCCGGCAAGUACACUGCCUACCUCGGCCGCCGGGAGACCGCUCCGGCAGCCGGAGGCUUCGGCAACGACUUCUGCUACAUCCAAGUCCAAGACAGCAGCUCAGAAGAGAGCAUGUGGGAGUCGGAGUGCGCUCCGGUGAGCACCGCCAACGCGUGCUCGCUGGUGUUCACCGACCAAGGACUGGAAGUGUUCGAUGGGAGCGAGUCGGUGUGGGACGGAGACGGCGAGGGGGAGAGCUUCCCGGUGAGGUUGGACCUGGUGGACGAUGGCGACAUGCGGGUUAUAGACAAGGAGGGGGAGCUGUUCUGGAGGGCGUCGGACGACCCACGGGAGAACCAGGGGUGCGGUUUGCCAGGGUCGCCGGGGCUGGCACCGGAGUCGCCUCCGUUUUCUCAACCCAUCGGCACAAACAACAAUCCUCCCUUUGGACAGCAGCAGCAGCAGCCGCCGCCGCCAGCGGGUGCCCCACAGGAGGAGGAGGAGCAGCCGCAGCCGGUGGAAGCUCCGCCGCAGGAGGAGGAGCAGCAGCAGCCGGAAGAGCCACCGGUGGGAGCCCCACAGGAGGAGGAGCAGACGCAACCAGUGGAAGCUUCGCCGCAGAAGGAGGAGCAGCAGCCGGAAGAGCAACCGGUGGGAGCCCCACAGAAGGAGGAGCAGACGCAACCAGUGGAAGCUCCGCCGCAGAACGAGGAGCAGCAACCAGAACAGCCACCGGUGGGAGCCCCACAGGAGGAGGAGCAGACGCAACCAGUGGAAGCUCCGCCACAGAACGAAGAGCAGCAGCCGGCGGGAGCACCACAGCAGACGGAAGAGCCACCGGCGGGAGCCCCUCAGCCUAAUGGGGUGUUUGGCAUGCGGCAGCAGAAGCAGCCGGCGGUGGGAGCCUCGCAGCCUAAUGGAGUGUUUGGGCAGCAGCAGCAGCAGCAGGAGGGAUUGGGUGGGUCGAAUCAGCCUUUGGAUUCGAGUUCGGAUGUCCAGCCGCUGGUGGAUUACGCUCGAUAUGACAGCGGAACUUCGAGGGAAGUGGAGAGCUGGGUUGGAAUGGGUCUGGGUCUUGUUAGCUUGGUCGUCUAUGGGAUUUUCUUCUGAGCAGAUAAUGUUGGGGAUUCUUGUGUUGUGGUUGUCUUGAUUUGUCUGUCGUAUUGUUACCUUUUCUUGUUAUUGAUAUGAUGCUAUGCUACCAAAUAGCAAAUUGUACGUGUUAGAAAGCUUUUUAUAAGAAUUGAGAAUAUUA